AUGGCAGAAAGAAUGGAAUAUGAGGGCGUGAGCAUUCUGCAGCUCCGGUCCCCACCUCACAGGGGUUGCGGAAGAGCAGACACCCCCCGCCCCCCUGCCCCCGGGAGGGAGCGCAGAGACUGUAGGUGCUUUUUGACCUGCUUUAAUCCCAGCUGCUGUGAGGACACAGCCCGCCUCUCCCUGUGGCCUGGCCAAGAGCCCAGUGUCCUGAGCUCCUCGACAGAGGCCACCUGGUCAGGGUCCUGGAGCCUCACCCACCCCUCACCUCAUCCUCAGGUAACCACGCCCCUUGCGAAGCAGGCAGAACCCGCCCGGAGGAGCCGUGCAGAGGCCCCUCCUCCCAGGAGACCUGGGGGGGACCUGCGGCUCCAGGGGUCCUCGCCGCCCCCAAGGACAUCAGCCAGGACUUCUGAGAGGGAACGGCGAACAGAGAAACCUCCGGAGAGAGGCCGGGCGGGCCCAAGACAGCCUCCGGGUGGGUGGCAGAGCCAGGAGGAGCUGCCUGGGGCCCCGGGUCCGCACAGACACUUGGAGAGAGGCUGGAGCAGCCAGGAGGAGGGCCCAGGCCUGGGGGGCUGGCAAGGACUUGGGGAGCCCAGUGGGGGCGCUACCAGAGCCCUGGAGGGAACAUGGAGGGGCCCUCUCAGGGAGUCUGAGGAGAGCUGGGGGCAGUCAGAGGCCUGGGAGAAGCUCCCCAGUAAUGGGGUGCAGAAGCCUCCUGACAGGCCAGCUCAAAGGGGCCGGGGCGCCCUGCAGGAGCUGUUCGGUCCUCCCCAGCCUAUGAGCCUUCCGGAGAACACCCGGGAAGGCCCAGCAGAGUUCUCGAAUUCCUGGAGGCCUGAGACAGACACUGAUAUGGGCCGGGGAACUGAGGGAGCUUGCCCACACCUGCAUGGCCCUGAGAGGCGCCUCGAGCUUGACUGGAGGGACCUGCUGAGCCUUCUUGGGAUGCCCAGAGAGGGGGCCUGGGCCCGCCCAGAGGAGCCAACGCUUGCUUCCCGUCUUCCAAGCCUGGACUGGGAAGGCCUCCUGGAGCUCCUGCAGACCCAGCUGCCCCGAAAGGACCCAGCUGGACACUGGGGUGGCCCAGUCACAGCUCCAGGGCCAGAGCUGGGUUCCCCGGGCACAAAGGAUGCCCUUGAACGAGAGCGACAAAGCCAGCCUGCCGGCUGGGCAGAGGCCACCCUAGUCAAUGGACACAGCCCCGAGCAGGGGCCCCAGAGCUUGGCCCAGCUGCCCAGCCCUGCCUGCACCUCCACCCAGUGGCCAAAGACCAAAGUGACGAGUGGACCAGAGACCUCAGCUACGGCUGGUCUGGAGAUGAGCCAGCUGGCGAGUAGGCGCCCUGCAGAAGGCCCCAGCUCAACAGACUGGGAGUUCCAAUCAAAGGAGCCUAAGGAGUCAGAACCGAGAGGAGACUCACUGACUGGCCAGAAGCAGGCAGACUCGGCAGACAAGAGGCCAGCGGAGGGCAAGGCUGGGAGCCCACUCAAGGGCCGACUGGUGACCUCAUGGCGGAUGCCCGGGGACCGGCCCACGCUGUUCAAUCCGUUCCUGCUAUCCCUGGGGGUCCUCAGGUGGCAAAGGGCUCAAGAGUCCCCAUUAGACAGGUGUGGCAGCUGA